AUGAACCGACGGCAUAAACAGGCGUUUUUGGCGUUCGUCGUUUUUUUCGUUGUUGCUUACCUGUGCAGCCCCGUCGAAGGUCAACACUAUCGAUCCAGAGCUCGGGCGCCAAUAUUCGGCAAAUACGGAGGGCCUUGGAGUGGCGGGCCUCUGUCUAAUCCUCUGAGCGACGCCAUGAGCAGUCUCGGGGCUGAAAUAGCUGUUGGCCACUUAAUGGGCUGA